GGAGCGGUCUGCUCUUCCUCAUCAGACUCCUUGUAACCCUCCGUGCUGGAGGAGCGAGGAGGAACCUCUCCUCUGUUUGUUUAGCCCUCUCUCUGCGGACGCACGGAUAAUACCACACCACGGCUGGGAAGAUGUUUUUUCUGCUGCUGCUGCUGCUGCAUAUGCUUACCCUUUACACUCUGAGCGUCUUUAGCGGAGCAUCCGCCGCUACUCACUAUAAUUGCAAUGGUCCUCUGGUAGCCACCUUGCCCUAUUCAUCCUUUCAGAGCUCCUCUCAGUCCUCGGUCAGUUAUGCUGCCUACAAUGCCAAGCUCAACAGAAGAGAUGGGGCGGGAGGCUGGUCUCCCAUGGUGACCGACCAAGAGCCCUGGCUCCAGGUGGACCUCAGAGAGCAGAUGGAGGUGACGGCUGUGGCCACGCAGGGUCGGUAUGACAGCUGGGACUGGGUCAGCAGUUACUUGCUUCUCUACAGUGACACAGGCCGGGCCUGGAAACAGUACAGGCAUGAGGACGGUGUAGGGAGAUUUGUCGGGAACGUGAAUUCAGAGGCCGUUGUCCAGAACAAGCUGUCCCACCCAGUGAGGACACGUUUCCUGCGUUUCAUCCCUCGCGACUGGAACCCCAGUGGCUGGAUGGGCCUAAGAGUGGAGGUGUACGGCUGCUCCUACAAGUCAUACGUGGCAGACUUUGACGGCAGAAGCUCCUUGCUGUAUCGGUUCAACCAAAAGUCCAUGUCAACGGUAAAGGACGUGAUCUCUCUCCGGUUCAGGAGCCAUCAGGCAGAGGGUGUUUUACUGCAUGGAGAGGGACAGAGAGGAGAUUACAUCACCCUGGAGCUACACCAAGGAAGACUGGACCUCUACCUCAACUUAGACGACAGCAGGCUGAGGUUCAGCAGCGGCCGCGUUGCAGUCAGUGUGGGCAGUCUGCUGGACGACCAACACUGGCACUCUGUUCACAUCGAGCGCUUCAAUAAGCAAGUUAACCUCACAGUGGACUCCCACACACAGCAUUUCCAAACCAAAGGAGAAGGACACUCGCUGGAGGUGGACUACGAGCUGAGUUUUGGAGGCAUCCCGCUGCCUGGUAAACCUGGCACCUUUUUGAGGAAAAACUUCCACGGCUGCAUGGAGAACCUCUACUACAACGGAAUCAACAUCAUCGACCUGGCAAAGAGACGAAAGCCACAGAUACACAGCGUGGGCAAUGUGACCUUCUCGUGUUCGCAGCCCCAGCUGGUGGCCUGCACCUUCCUGAGUUCCAGCAGCAGCUUCCUGUCGCUUCCGUCAGCAGCAUCUGCCACAGGGGGUUUCUCUGUUCGUUUCCAGUUCAGAACGUGGAACCCAGACGGGCUGCUACUCUUUGUGCAGCUAAGCCCGGAGCCCCAGAGACUGGCGCUGCAGAUCAGCAACAGCCGGUUGUACCUGACCCUCCACAGCUCGGGACGACAGAAGUCAGAGGUCUCUGCUGGUCACAGAGUCAACAACGGUCUGUGGCACUCUGUGAGUCUCGACACUAAGAAUCUACAAAUCACUUUGACUGUGGAUGGUGAGCCGUGCUCCCCUAUUGAACUGUGGGAACAACUGGAAUCGAGAGGCAGCUUUUACUUUGGAGGCUGUCCCACCACAGACUGUCAGCACCUGACUCCGGCCUUCCAGGGGUGCAUGCGGCUCAUAUUCAUCAACAGGCAGCCGAAGGAUCUCAAUCAAGCACAGCAAGGAUUGCUGGGCAAUUAUAAUGAGCUUCAGUUUGACACCUGCAAUAUAAGAGACAGAUGCCUUCCCAACCUGUGUGAACAUGGAGGCCGCUGCUCUCAGACAUGGAGCUCCUUCUCCUGCGACUGUUCAGGAACAGGAUACUCCGGAGCCACCUGUCACAACUCCAUCUACGAGUCAUCUUGUGAGGCCUACAAGCUGAUUGGCAGCUCCUCUGGCUUCUAUUCCAUUGAUCCAGAUGGGAGUGGUCCCCUGGGGCCCACACAGGUAUACUGCAACAUGACAGAGGAGAAGGUAUGGACGGUGUUGGCGCACAAUAGCACGGCUCCAGUCACAGUCCAGGGCUCCUCUCUUCUCAAACCUCACAUCAUGAAGUUCAACUACAGUGCCUCAGCAGAAGAACUUCAAGCCAUCGUAUCGGGGUCAGAGCAGUGUCAACAGGAAGUGGUUUACGACUGCAAGAAGUCCCGCCUCUUUAAUACAAAAGAUGGCAGUCCCCUGUCCUGGUGGCUGGACCGGGAAGGAGAGAGACGGAGCUACUGGGGAGGCUUCCUGCCUGGAGUUCAGCAGUGCUCCUGCAGCCUGGAGGAGAACUGCAUGGACAUGAACUACUUCUGUAACUGUGAUGCUGACACAGACACAUGGGCUAAUGACACAGGAGUCCUCUCCUAUAAAGACCACCUACCAGUGAGCCAGAUAGUCAUUGGAGACACCAACAGAACGGGCUCGCAGGCCGUCUACCACAUCGGCCCUCUGCGUUGUUAUGGAGACAAGUCUAUAUGGAAUGCAGCGUCUUUCUACCAAGAGUCCUCCUAUCUCUACUUCCCUACCCUACAGGCUGAACUCGCCUCUGAUAUCUCUUUCUACUUCAAGACUAGUGCUCCUUCAGGAGUGUUUCUGGAGAACCUGGGCCUCAAGGACUUCAUCCGAGUGGAGCUCAGCUCUCCCUCGGCGGUGACUUUUUCCUUUGAUGUGGGAAACGGUCCGGUGGUGCUGUCCGUGAAGUCCCACCUCCCUCUGAAUGACAGGCAGUGGCACUACGUGAGGGCAGAGCGCAACGUGAAGGAGGCCUCCCUGCAGGUCGACCAGCUCCCCCUUCGCUUCCUGGAGGCUCCAGCUGAUGGACACCCCCGCUUACGGCUCAACAGCCAGCUGUUUGUAGGGGGAACAGCAUCUCAGCAGAGAGGCUUCCUGGGCUGCAUCAGGACACUGACCGUCAACGGCGUGAGCUUUGACCUGGAGGAGAGGUCCAAGAUGACGCCCGGGGUGAGCUCAGGUUGUCCCGGCUACUGCAGCGGCUCUAGCAGCCUCUGCCACAACAGAGGCAGGUGCAUUGAGAAGAGCAAUGGUUAUGUAUGCGACUGCUCCCAGUCGGCUUACGGGGGAACCACCUGUGACCAAGAGGUGUCAGUGUCCUUCGACAUGGAGUCCUCAGUGACCUACACCUUCCAGGAGCCCUUCUCAGUGAUGCAGAACAGAAGCUCGCAGGCCUCCAGUGUUUCUACAGAAAGCAGCAGCAGGGCAAGAGAGGAUGUGGCCUUUAGCUUUGUCACCUCCCAGAAGCCGGCCAUGCUGCUGACCGUCAGCACCUUCAGCCAGCAGUACAUCGCUGUCAUCCUGGCCAAGAACGGGAGUUUGCAGAUCUGGUAUCACCUUCAGACAGACAGGAGUCCAGACGUGUUCAGCCCCGCCCUCAAUAACCUGGCAGACGGACGACUCCAUCGAAUCAGAAUCCACCGGGUGGGCAAAAACCUCUAUGUACAGAUCGACCAGGACAUCCACACAAAGUACACAUUGUCAUCUGAUGCAGAGCUGAUCUUAAUCAGAUCCCUGACAUUGGGCAAAGUCACCAGGAGAGAGAACUUCAAUGAGAAAGUAAUGGAAGCAGCCUCUAAAGGUUUCAGUGGCUGCCUCUCUUCGGUCCAGUUCAAUCAUGUGGCACCACUGAAGGCGGCGCUGACUAAUCGAGGAAGUUCACUGGUCACCAUCCGUGGUCCACUGGUCCAGUCAAAUUGCGGUGCACUGGCAGAGUCCACCUCACACACACUGCAAGAUCAAACUGUUACAGCGAACAAAGACAAGGAGCAGCAUGGCAACGGCACCCAGAAAGAUUUGGCUGUAAUAGCAGGUGUGGUCACAGCGGUGGUCUUCAUUGCUGUGUGUGCUCUGGCUGUGAUAAGCCGCCUCCUCUACCAGCAGCGGCGGGCCCAGAGGAGCAGCAGCAUCAAAGAGGAGACCAGGCACAGCAUGUACACAGACUACAGGACAGAGCUGCACCUCCACAACUCAGUCAGGGACAACAUGAAGGAGUACUACAUCUGACUGCAGCGCGCGCUCUGUGGACCUAAGACACAAACUUACCUCUCUCUUUUAAAGGACUAACAGGUGGACGUGCAGCUGCAGGAUUUCUCACAACUAAACAUCUCUGUGCCCUGGAAGUUUCUCAGGAACACUGCAAAAGCCUGUAGCCUGCAGUCCACUUUCUUGAUGCUCCAGUACAAGCAAGUGGCUGAAUCUCUACAGCUGUUAGUGUAUUUGAUGUUGGUGAAACUGUCAGAAUCAAGCUGCUGUGGUUUCCUUCGUUGCAAAUUGUGUAAAGCAAAAGAUCAGUGUCCUGCAGUGGUGGACAGAGGGACGAGUGCAGUGAGCGGAAGCUGCCGUCCAUCCUGAAUGCGCACAACUUACAACGCUUUGUUUGAAACCCUCGAACGCUGAAUAUUUCAGUGGGACUCACUAAAUUGUACUUGCAAGUCAGGAAAUGUAGGCCAGGCCUGUAAGAUAUGCGUGCAUUCGCUGCUGUCUUUGUUUUGUCAGUGGUGGUGAAAGUUGUAGAAGAAAUGGGGACAAUACUGCCUAUACUGUAUGAGUGCCUAAUUUGCAUACAAGUUUUUAUUUUGACAUUUUAGAAGUUAUUCAUGUGAUUUGCACAAAAGCAGUCGCAUUUCCUGUACAUAGAGAUGAGCUUACUGUCUUUCAGUUCUGUAACCCACACUACAUAGAAUAAAAGGACAUUUGAAUUUCCCAGU